AUGCUUCAAAAACUUGAAGAAAACAAUGUACUUGCCGCAGCAAGAGAUUUUAAUAAUAAAGUUCAAAAUGGAAUGCAAGUCACUGAUGUAGUUUCACCAGAAAUCUCAAUCUCAAUGAAUCACCGCUGUCUUCGCUAUAACUUUUUGGCUUAUGAAAAAACCACCCUUGUUGUAGGGUACAUAACAGAUUUCUUCCAUCCAUAUGACUUUUCUGAUCAUUUAAACUUCCACCAGUCACAUGUAGUAAAAUUUAACCGUGCAUCUGCUACUCUUCCUGUUGGAGUAAAAUUUAAGGUGGUGUUUCGUGCAAUUUUUGUGAAAUCUUCCUAUGGAUUUCUUCUCAUUGAUAAUAUAACAAUCACCGAUGGAAUAUGUGAAAAGUGCGGUCCUCAUGAAUUCAAAUGUAGUGAUACCAGUGAUGAGUGUGUUCCGUUUGACAAAGUAUGUGAUCUUGAACCCGACUGUAUAGCAGAAGAGGAUGAAAAUAAUUGUAACUGGGAUGUCAUUGAAUCAUCUUGCAGAAUAAACGGAAGUUCAUUGCUACCAAUUAAAACUCUGCCUCAAACACAGAACAGUCCACAGAGAACAAUAAAUGAUUCUUGGAGACAAUUCAUUCUUCUUUCAAAUCAAUGUCAAAAGAAGGACCAGUGUCUAUCGAAUUCUUCUGAUACCUGUUUCUUAUAUUGUCCCCCUGACUGUCUCUGUGUUGGUCUGUCUGUUAACUGUUCUUCUGACAACGUGCCAACUUAUGCUACUUUUAUAACCUGGCAUGGUCUUGUUCAAGAAAACCUAGAAAUAACCAAGGAAAAGUUUCCCAAUAACACCAAUCUCAAGGGACUCUAUGGGACCCAUUUUAGAUUGUCAGAGUCUGAAGGAUUCUAUGGGUUUGUACAAAACCUGCGUUAUUUGGUUGCUAACUUCAGUGUUUGUAAUCUGACUGAACAACAGCCUGGUUCUCUCUAUGAUGCCAUUACACUUGAUUUAAGUUACAACUUCUUGAAGACAUGGACACUUAUAUCAUACACACAAUUGCUCUAUUUACAUCAUAAUUUGAUCACAUCAUUGCACUACACUCUUGAUAACCGACAGUCAGAGGCUCGCCUGCAGUAUUUAGAUCUUUCUUACAAUAAGAUUUUCAGAAUCAAUAAUGAAGAUUUGGAAGACUUACCUAAUCUCCUGUACCUUAUUCUUCAUGAAAAUCAUUUGACAUAUAUCCAAGAAAAAGCUUUUGAUAAACUUACUAAGCUUACUCAUUUAGAUUUGUCAAAUAAUAAUCUACGAAAUCUUAACCGUGGUCAUUUCAUGUAUCUGUCAAGACUGCAGUACCUGAACAUGCAGAAUAAUGAUGUUAAAGUGGUGGAGGGAAUGUUUGACAGUCUUAUGAAUAUUCUUUAUCUUCAGGUUGAUUCUUACACCCUCUGUUGUGCACAACCUAAAGCUGUCAGCAAGAUUCAGUGUGUAGCUCCAGUAAAUGAAAUAUCCUCCUGCUACAAUUUGAUAGAUUUACAUAUUCUGAGGAUAAUCAUUUGGUAUAUUGCUCUUCUUGCUCUGUUUGGGAAUAUGUCUGGUAUAUUUUACAGACUAUAUCAUAUAAAGAAGAAACCAGUCACAACGUUUGACAUUUAUUCUUUAAAUCUAGGUCUUGCAGACUUCUUUAUGGGCGUUUAUCUUUACAUUAUAGCCGGGGCUAACAUAGCGUUCAGUGGUCGUUAUGGUUUUGAAGAUUUCUCAUGGAGACACAGUCCUUAUUGCAUCUUUGCUGGUGUCCUGGCUACUCUUUCCAGUGAGGCAUCUGCUUUGUUCGUACUUUUGAUCACUAUUGACAGAAUACUUAUAGUGCGAUUUCCGUUUUCAAUUCUCAAGAAAAGGAUCUGGGUAUCAAAACUCAAUUCCAGCUUGGUAUGGACUAUUGCUCUCUUUCUGUCUUUAAUACCACUUACCGGAAGUGAAUAUUUCGAUGACUACUAUUCUAGUUCCGGGGUAUGUAUUUAUUUGCCUUUGUCUGUUCUACGAAAAUCGGGAUGGGAAUACUCCAUGAUUAUAUUUGUUGGAGCAAACUUCAUAAUCUUUAUUGCAAUUCUCAUUGGACAAUUUGUAAUAUUUACGGAUGUUGUUCGAAUGGGAAAGAAAACAGCCUUGCAUCCAUUCAGUCAACAGAGAAGACGAGAAAUGGGCAUAGCAAAGACUUUAAUUACAGUUGCAGUUACAGAUAUGCUGUGUUGGAUUCCUAUCGGAGCUAUAGGUCUUCUGACGUUCAUGGGUAUUGAUGUAACUGUUCAAGUUUAUGCGUGGAUUAUUGUCGCUGUACUUCCAAUAAAUAGCUCUUUGGACCAUGACAUACACACGUUGUAA